ACAACCACCUCGGCUUGUCUUGAGUAGACAGAUGUGGCCAUCUCCAUCUCCUCGAUACUCCGACCUAAGUUCUCUUUAACAAUCCUCACGACCGUUGCUAUCUCCGCUGCGGAAAAAACACGUCCGACCACAUCCUUGAUCUAAUCUCCUUUCUUCUGGAGAUCCGGGGUUGCGCACUGCGAUAAACUAGACUCAACCUCCUCGGUUCGUUCUCCUCCACCGACAACCGGCCGGAGCAACCGCACACACUCCCUUGGUCGACCCACCGACUCCUGUUCUGUCCUUUACAUCCCCCAUCCUGAGAAGUGAUGGGGCCAAUAUCACUGUUACGAUCGGUGUUCUCCCUGGACGUGUUGGACUACCGCAUCACCGCCGAACUGCGCUCGUCAUCACCCCCGAAGAACCGCCGAUUGCCGUCCAUAUCUGGCCCUUCCCAUUCGGGGUCAUCCGCACCAGUCACAACACCGCAAAGCCCGCAGGGCUGGAAGAAAGAUGAUACGGAGCCGUCGAAAUGGAAGUCGCCCGAGUUCUUCGCCUACUACUUCGUGUUUGCGACGUUGGUGCCGAUGAUGUUCAAGAAAGCGCACGAUGUGAGCAAAGAAUCGCAUCCGAAUUUCUCCAAAUACAAACACCUGCUGUCGCCGGGCUGGAUUCCCGGCAGGAUGGUCGACAACUCGGACCAGCAGUAUGCCAGCUUUCGUAACAAUAUACCUGUCUUGUUCUCCUUGCUAGCGCUACACUUUGUGCUCCGUCGCAUCUUCAAUUUCGUGUAUAGUAGGGCUUUCCCGGCACCGCCGCAGAACUCCUCCUACCGUCCGAACCACAACUUGACGCGCCGGAAGUUGUUCGAUAUCCUCUUCGCGCUGAUCUUUCUCACGGGGUUGCACUCGCUCAGCGUCAUCAAGAUCCUGGUCAUCCUGCUGCUGAAUUUUUCUAUCUCGUACUUUCAUCCGUCGUCGAGACUGGUUCCGCUCUUUACGUGGGUCUUCAACAUCGGCGUCUUGUUCGCGAAUGAGUACUUCAAGGGUUACAGAUUCCGCGAGAUCCUACCCUUCUUGAUUGCCGGAGAAGGCGAGGGGGUGGGUUAUUGGAUGGACCAUUUCAUGGGCGGCGGGAUUCUGAGCCGGUGGGAAGUGUCAUUCAACAUCACAGUAUUGCGGUUGAUCUCCUAUAACAUGGACCACUACUGGGCGGCGGUACGACGAGAUGAGGGCGCCGAAAGGGAGGCGGGAAGUGUUAUCGAGAAAAAGCAUGCGGAUCCUGCCCACGUGGAUGAGCGUGAUCGCAUCGAGACUCCUGCCAGGCCAGAGGAUUACAGCUUGUUGAACUACCUCGCGUACAUCCUCUAUACGCCGCUGUAUCUCGCUGGCCCAAUCUUGACGUUCAACGACUUUAUCCACCAGCAAAAAUACUCGACUCCGACGCUUACCGUCCGGCGCAGCCUCCUCUACGCCGUGCGCCUCGCCUUCGCCAUCCUCAGUAUGGAAGUGGUCCUUCACUACCUCUACGUCGUCGCGAUCUCCAAGACUGCAUCCCGCGGCAGCUGGGCAAACGACACCCCGGCGCAGCUCGCCAUGAUCGGCUACUUUAACCUGCACAUAAUCUGGCUCAAGCUCCUAAUCCCGUGGCGGUUCUUCCGGCUGUGGGCACUCGUCGACGGCGUAGACCCACCCGAGAACAUGCUCCGUUGCAUGAGCAACAACUUCUCGGCGCUCGCCUUCUGGCGCGCCUGGCACCGCUCCUUCAACCGCUGGAUCGUCCGUUACAUCUACAUCCCCAUCGGCGGUGCCCAAAGACCAAUCAUCAACAUGGUUGCGGUUUUCACAUUUGUCGCGUUUUGGCAUGACCUAAGCUUCAAGCUCCUCGCGUGGGGAUGGUUGGUCGUGCUCUUUGUCGUUCCCGAGAUCCUAGCGCGCAAGGUUUUCAGUCCGAAGAAAUUCGUGGGCCGAGAGGUCCUGUACCGAAAUCUGUGCGCGCUCGGAGGUGUGGCCAACAUUCUCAUGAUGAUGUCCGCCAACUUGGUGGGGUUUGCGAUUGGCGUUGAUGGGCUGAAAGAUAUGAUGAAAGAUAUGUUCUCGAGUUUCCACGGCUUCGGCUUCCUCCUCCUCGCGCUCGUGGCGAUCUACGUGGCUGUGCAUAUCAUGUUUGAGCUCCGUGAGGCGGAGAAGAGGAAAGGUGUGGUGCUGAAGUGUUAAUCGGUCAUUGUUUUCUGUAUACCUACUAUCUUUUUGUAUACCAACUAUACCUACUAUCUUUUCUGUACAUGGUUUAGGAAUGAGGGUUAUGAGGGAUGAUAGAUUCUACUUGCGCGGUUUACGGUGUUUCUUGUUGGAUAUCCAUUGGUACGGUUGUGGGGUUAAUGGUGAUGGGAUGAGCGUAAAAUAGUAAUGAAAUCUCGGGGAUUGGCA